AUGAGGUCGGAUGAUGAAGAGGACAAAAGUUUCAAUUGUUUGAGAGAAACGACAAGGGAUUAUGUACCUGAAGGAUCUAUUUCUUUCAACGAUGAGGAUGCAGAAGGCAUCAUUCAGCCACACAACAAUGCUUUGGUAAUUUCUAUCCUAAUUUUUAAAUCUCAAGUUAAACGUAUUUUGAUUGAUCCAGGUAGUUCAGCCAAUAUUAUCCGAUGGAGAGUGGUAGAACAACUGGGGCUGUUGGACCAAAUUAUACUGGCAGCUCGGGUUCUCAGCGGAUUCAACAUAACGAGCGAAACUACUAAGGGAGAAAUCUCUUUGCCGGUAAACAUCGCAGGGACUAUUCCACAAACGGUGUUCUACGUUAUCGAGGGGGAUAUGAAGUACAAUGCGUCGCUCGGCAAGCCGUGGAUUCAUAGCAUGAGGGCAGUACCCUCGAUAUUACAUCAAAUGUUGAGGUUCCCAACCUCGAAAGGGAUAAAAACGGUCCAUGGUGAACAAUCCGCUGAAAGGGAGAUAUUCGCGGUCGAAGCAGCACUCCCCACUCAAAAGGAAUCAUUCGUAAAAGCUGCUGAAUCAACCAAAGUCAAAGAUGCUAAAUAG